GUGCUGUGCAGAGGUACCGCUAACCCCACAGAAGUCACAUGACCUGGAUUUCCGCUCCGCUACUCUUAAAGCUGCAGCCAACCAAGGGGUGAAUCUAGAGCAGAGCAGACAGGUCAGGAAGAAGCAGGGACCUUAUGGUCCUCUGAGCACAGUGAUAACCAUCUAGCCAUCUAGUCUAAACCAUGCAGACCACCACUAACCUCAACCUCGGCCUGGCCCGGCAGGACAGCUGUGUGCUGGACAACCACCCGAGGAAGAAGGGCCAUUUGUGGAGCUGGCGCUCCAGAAAGGGGAGCGUCGACGAGACGCAGCCCGAGGCCGGGACGCUGCCCCGGGGUUGGAGGCAGAAACAACAAAACUCGUUGGUGGAUUACUCCGACCCUCUCAGGACAAUGUGCACAUUGGAGAAGCAAGACAACGAAUCAUUUGGAUUUGAAAUUCAGACCUACGGGCUGCAGCCAAGCCACACAUCCACGGUAGAGAUGUGCACUUUUAUUUGCAUGGUGCACAAGGACAGUAUUGCAGACUGUGCUGGGCUGACCACAGGUGAUGUUAUCCUCACUGUGAACGGGUGGAGCAUCGAAGGAUCGCCUCAUCAACAGGUAGUGGACGCCGUGCGGCAAUCCACCAACAUACUGAAGAUAGAGACGACGUUUGGUACCAUCAUGAAGAGGAUUGAGCUGGAGAAGAAAAGGAACUUAAUGAAGAAAACACUACGAGAGAAAUGGGAGGAGCUACAGACGCUUUUGUUACAGGAAGCGCGUCUCACGCACGACUCCACAGACAGCACUCCAACUCCCUCCACUGACUCGCUGGUGUCUCCCGACGGCUUCGUGGGCGGUGGCGGUCCUGGUGGUCCGAGGGACAGCAGCUACUGGAGCGCGGCGUCGGAGGACGGCGACCAGGCCAGCGUGUUCGGGGACGCCGGGUUCUCCCCGAGCCCCGUCAGCGCGCCCGGCGACAGCGACGACUGCUUCUUCUCUCAGGGGUUCGAAGACCGCCAGGAAUCCAGGAGGAAGCUCAAGUCUUCCGGGUCCUUCUGUGUCCGUGUCGUGGACCGCACCAGCAGCUCCGGGAGCAGCUCGUCGUCCCCGUCCUACUGGGACGACCGCAGGGCCUCCAGCGCGUUCGGGACCCUCCCGAGGAAAGGGAGGAAAGGCAGCGUCCGCAGACACCUCCUGAAACUCAUACCCGGCUUCAGUCGCUCGCUCGACCAAGACGUCGUGGAGGAACUGGAUCCAGACAGACCAUGUCGCCUGGACAGGGUCUUCAGCGACGGACAGUAUCAACAGAAAAAGGCAACAAAGUCCUUUUCUUGAGGCAGAAGGAAGCGAAAAGACACUUAUUAUGUGUGUGGCUGUGUAGGUCAGUUCGUCUGAAGGUCAGGAAGACUGGAGUGCUCAGUGUCAGUGUUUUGAAUGUGAAAAGAUGAUGAAGGCUUAAGGACUUUCUGUAAGCAUUCAGAUUGCAUUUGUGGAGUGAGUCAAGGUCUGCUUUGCCUUGAAUGAGAGGCGUUUGUUAUAAAAUGAUAAGCAUUAACUAUUAACACAUUAACUAUGACCAUACUCUCCUUAUACUCAGACGCAGCUUUCAGGGUUAUGUUAGUGUAUGUCUAAUGUAUGUUGACCCUCACCUGGAGCAGAGCAUAGUGAAUGUAACCAAUGAGCAUCAAGCCCUAUCUUUUUCUCAAGUAUCAAUGAAAGUCUCUGAGGACGAGUGUAGCCUGUAGCCUAUAGGUCGAAAUAAAGGUCAUCCAUCUGGUCUAUACAUUAGGCUACAUGGAAAAAAUUUACUUGCAUAUCAGAAAUACAAAUUUGUAAUUAUCAUCAUGACUUCGUCAUGCAUUAUUGUGUAACCAUUUCAUAUAAUCUUAAAUCUGAUGCUUGUAUAAAAAGGCGUUUGUAAUGAAAUGACGUUUGUGAAAUUGAAAUGAGUGUUUGGGGUAUUUGAGAAUACUCUUAGACGAGAUGGAUACUUUCCAGCGUGGGAGACAGUGCAUGUAGCCUACCGUGUGAUAACUUGAAGCCGACAUAUUCUAACCAUAUGAGAGUGUCUUCUCCACAGCUGCAGGAUGUGGCAUAGGUAAGGAGGGCAACCUACUUGAGGACCUUAGCAAGCAAAAAUAUACUGCACAUUAUCCGUUUGUAACUUUUUCCUUUUUUUCUCGUUUUUUUUAACAAAGAAUGGUAAUUCUUUUAAAUGCGUUCAAACCGUUUAGAAAACAUAGUGUUUCUAGGUUUUAACCAGCAGAUGGCGACGCACACCCGUUAUAUUUGAACGCACCCUUAUGUUUUUCAGUCUUGUGCUUCUCAAUAGCUCAGAUGCUGAACAUGUUUAUGGGGUAAAGCGAUUUGCGAAAAUGUCUCUUUGCAUUUUCCUUGUCUGAAUAAAGAAUUAAACAA